AUGGGUAAAGAAUCCACAAAACAAAAGGGAAGCCGUGCCCAGCGCCAUGAUCCUUUGCAUGUGCAACUGGCUGAUAUGCCAGAGAACAAUACCUUGAAAAAAGCUCCCCGUCAAAAAUUUAUAGAUCGUAAUAACAGAGCUGAGGAAACCGGCGAGGAAUACUUGGAUGCUAAACUCUCCAAGAAAAUCUUGAAGAUUGCAAGAGAGCAACAAGAACAAAUCGAAAAGCAAAAUGAGGAUGAAGAAGAGAGAGAUACUUCUGCUGAAGCCAAGAAACACUAUCCUUUGGGCUUUGACAUUGACGAGGAAGAGAUUGAAGAGAUUGAUCAAUACGCAGACUACGAGGAAUUAGAGAUUGAUGCUGCUGAUGCUGAUGUAUUGGAGAAGUUUUUACCCAGUGCACCUAGAGAAAAGAAAACUUUGGCCGAUUUAAUCAUGGAAAAAAUCAAUGAAAAGAACGCAGCUGAAGGUAGAGAGGCUAAUGAGGAUGAAGACGAAUUAUCGCCCACUGUCAAUCCCAAGGUGGUUGAAGUAUAUACAAAGGUUGGCCAAUUAUUAAGUCGUUAUAAGUCUGGUAAAUUGCCCAAAGCUUUCAAGAUUAUCCCCUCAUUGGGAAAUUGGGAAGAGAUUUUAUACUACACUGCACCAGAGAGCUGGACACCUCACGCCACCUACGAAGCCACUCGUAUGUUUGUCUCCAAUCUCAAGGCUAGACAGGUUCAACGUUUCUUUUCUCUUGUGCUCUUGGAUCGUGUUCGUGAUGACAUUGCUGAAAACAAAAAGUUGAGCUAUCAUCUCUACUUGGCACUCAAGAAAGCACUCUAUAAGCCUGCUGCUUUCUUCAAGGGCAUACUGUUUCCUCUUUGUGAGUCUGGUAACUGUACAUUGAAGGAAGCCGCCAUCUUGGGUAGUGUUCUCACAAAGGUGUCUAUUCCCGUGUUGCACUCUUCUGCUGCUAUUUUGCGUCUGGCUGAAAUGGAGUACACAGGUCCCAACUCCUUGUUUAUUCGUAUCUUGCUUGAUAAAAAGUAUGCUUUGCCCUUCAAGGUGGUUGAUGCGCUUGUGAUGCACUUUGCUCGUUUCAUGAACGAUCCUCGUGAUAUGCCUGUUCUCUGGCACCAGUCCAUGUUGGUCUUUGUUCAACGUUAUAAGCAAGAUUUGGUAGGUGAGCAAAAGGAUAUCUUAUUAGAGGUGAUGAAGAAGAAGUACCACAAUGGCAUUUCCCCUGAAGUGCGCCGUGAAAUUGUUCACUCUGAAGCAAGAGACGAAAUGUUGACCGAAAGAGACGACGAUAUCAUGAUGAUGGACUAA